AUGUCUAAAUAAAAUAAAAAGCUCUUUUUUUUAUUAUUGAAAGAAUGCAUAAUAAGCUCUGUUUGUGUUUGUGUGCCAUAAAUUUUUACAUGGCCGGGGCGCAGUCUAAAGCGUCACAAUUUAGCUUUUUUUUUCUUUCUCUUUGAUUAACAAUGGCUGAACUAACAGAAGAAGAUAGACGACGAUUGAUUGCUUCCAUUCCUGAAGCUGCUAUAAUUGACAGCUCAAAAGAAAACAUCAAGCCUCGUCGACAAGGACGACAUGCUACAGCGCUUGUUAUAGAAGAGACAGAACGAGACAAAGUGAUGGAAUUAAAACAUGUCGAAUUCAAAAACAGACUAGACAACAUGGAUGACUUGGAUGAUCCUUUAAAUGUCUAUGUUGAAUACUACACAUGGACUACUGAAAUGUAUCCUUAUAACGACACGCGACUACUUAACUUGCUUAAAGACGCGACACCUCAAUUUGUAGAUGAUGUCAGAUAUAAAAACGAUCCUCGAUAUCUGAAAUUGUGGAUAGAAUAUGCCAACCUCGUAAAGGAGCCACGUGAUAUAUAUGUCUAUCUUGUAAAGAAGGAUAUUGGACAAUCACUAGCCUUGUUUUAUGAAGAAUAUGCUAAUUAUCUUGAGGGAAUUCAAAAAUAUGAUGAAGUGGAAGAGAUUUAUAAACGUGGUAUACGACAAUCAGCAGCACCUUUGAGACGAUUAGAAAAGAACUAUGACAUAUUUAAACAAAGAAUGGAGGCUAGACGGGAACAAGGGAUAUUAAGGCGACACAGACAGGAAGCAAGAUUACAAAUGGAAGCAUUAAGAGCAACAGGACAACGUACGAUGCUAGGAGAAAAGUUUGAUAGUCGAUCGAGAGUGUCUAUGCCUUCAAACAUCUUUUCAAAUAUUCAACCACAGCAACAAGCAAGUAGCUCGUUUGGUAAUCAAAGCAUUCAACAACAGCAACAGCAACAACCUUCAAGUUCGUUUCAAGUGUAUACCGAUAAUAGUAGUAAUAGUAGCAGCAGUAGUAGUAGUCAACCCAUAGCAUCAUCGUCAUCAUCAUCACAUCGUCAUUCAGCCCAUAUACCACUCUUUAGUCGCUCUCAACGUAUUGAGAACGAGUUAGUCAAGGAAAAAUUUGCAGGCGCUACCUUGCUACAGUCUAGCCCAGUUCAGCCUGUUGUCCCAACCCCAAAGUUUGAGGUGUAUCAAGAUGACGAUACGGAAGAGAGGACUCCAGAAAGGCAGAACAGGACAGAGCAUAGACCUCUUUUGCACGCUUCGGAUGGAUCAGAAUCAAACUUGUCGCGUAUACGUCGACAUCCUACAUCCCCAGAAAUCUCUCAUAAAUCAACCAAGAAAUCCAGACUGGAGGAUACAGUGGAUGAAAGAUUGAUCAAGCGGUUUCAUCAAAAUAAGGAUAACUAUAUCCAGACAAAAGAUUCAAAAGACAGAAAGGAGUAUAUCAGUGUCCUUAAAAGGUUUAACAGUGGAUUUAGCUUUGAAGAGUAUCGAGAUAUCAAGGGAGGAAAGCUUUCAAAAAAAGGUAUAUUAUAAAAGCAUAAGUGAACAAAGACUUAUAUUUUUUUAGCACCUGCAGUCAAAUUUGAACCACUUGUAAAGGAAGAGUAUACGACAGAGACACUGGCUGCCAUCAAGUCUGUCGAUGCUAUUAUUUAUAAAAAUAAGACAGAAGACGAAGAAGAAAUAGAACAGGACUUGACAUGGACAAAUGAUAUCCAAAAGUUUGCACCUGUUCAAAGAUCUUUUGCAAGAGAAAAUUGAAAUAAAUGCAAUGCAUUUGAUAAAGUCACAAAUGUGUUC